AUUGCGUAUCCUGCAUACACUGUGCGUACGCUAUCCAUCACGCUAUCACGCUUUUAGUUUUCACGACGAAAAUAUUUGCGUGUCCCACUGCACACCCCAUGCACGGCUGCAGCCGUACGGCCUUUCAGGUUUCAUCUGCUCAGCUCCGCACCAUAGUAACCGUAUACUACACAACGAGAUGAAGCCGUAGGUAUGCUGGCGGCCUGGUCAGAUGAUACCUGUUGGGUCUACCAGGCUGUCAAAGUUUGGACACAGCAAAAGACCAGAGUGGUACCCGCGUGGCUUCCGCUAUGUCGGGCAGCGGUCCCCCUUCUGGGCACCUCAGUUUGGAGCGCUCGCCGAGGCCGUCCCCCGAUGACGCUGCACAGUACGUGACACCACCGCAGGGCAGCUGCAGCCACAUCAGCGGUGCGAUGGGAUCGACUUCUGCCCCCGUGCCUUCGCCGCCGCCCCCUCCGACCGUCACACCAGCAGCCACCGCAUCCCAGCAGCAGCAGUCUGCUGCUGGGACAAGCAAGCCAGCUAAGGGCCUUCUCAGCAUGCUGCUGCGACGCAGCUCGGGUCGCAAGCGCGAUGUCACCGGUGGUGCCUCCACAGUGGGCCCCGUCGGGGGCGCAGUCUCCGCUGGCCUUGAGCCUUUCCACGGGCUCGCCAGCGGCGGCAACGGUCGCAACGGAACCGGGCCUGUCCUGCCCCCACCGCCGACAACAGGCCUGAGCCACAUAGAAGGAACCAGCUCGCCAGCCGCCUUUGACCGGCGUAGUCUCCAGCUGCCGGCAUCGCCAUCGCCGGUGCUAGUGCGGCCCAUUCGCUCGGUAACGGAGUCACCCUUCACGACCGCUAUUUUCAGCGCCGCCGCCGCCGCUUCUAUCGCUGCCAUCGCGGCUCCUGGCGCCGUCGCCGCCGGAACGCAUGCCGCCCCUAUCGCCACCAUUCAGCACGGCAAGUAUCAGCGGCAGUCGUGUGACUGGCCGGCGUCGGGUGGCGUCACACCUCCGCGCAGCGACUCUUUAUCGCCGGCCGCUGCUGCUGGUGGUGACAGCAGAUGUGCUUCCGCUAUCAGCGCCACCGAGCCGCUGUCGCCCCAGUGCGCGUGGGAGCCCAGUGUGCGCUGCAGCGAGGGCGGCGAGGGCGGCGGCGGCGGCGGCAGCAGCAUCCGGCGUGAUGGCUUCAGCAGAGCCAGCAGCACAAUGACCCCCACCACCAGCUUCCCCAGCGUGAAGACGCCAGUCACGCCGCCGGCAGCUGAGGGCCCCGCCGCCUGCGCAGCAGCGAGCGCCAGCGCCGACGGCAACUCGAUGACCUACGGCCGGCAGCAGCGGUCGCCAAUGGUGGCCCCGAGGUCGGUACCGGUGCAGACGCGCUCGCUGGCGGUUGCUACAGCCGCCGCUGCCGUUGCUGCUACUGCCACUACCACCCCGUGCAGUCCCCCGACGGUGCAAGUGGUGGCAAUGUCGCCGUCGUUCCCUGAAGCCAUGAUGGCAGCGGCUGCGGCGGCACAGGCCGAGGCUUCUGAGGGGGCCUAUGCGGCUGCCAGUGACACGCGUGUUUUAUCGACGGCAGCUCUCAGCAGGAGCGUCGGGCCGCCGACCAAGCUGCAUCAUACGCGGAACCAGCAACAGCAGAACCACCAGCACGCCCAUCACCAUCAUUACUCGCCCCAGCUUGGAGCACAUUCGCACCAUCAGCAACCGCAGCCCCACCGCCACCUCCAAUCCCUCGUAGCCAGCAGCAGUGACACAAACCUUGCAUGCAACGCCGCCGGGCAGCAGCGCCUGCCGGCGCAGCCGCGGGCCCUCGCCGCCAUGACCCUUGGGCCCCUCUCGCCGCCGGUACAUGGCACAGCGUCCCCGCUGCAGCUACCGCAGCCGCCGCUCAAUGCCCACCCCCAUGUGGUGGCACUGCCUGAACGCGGUGCCCUGACGCACAAGGACGCAGGCGCCAGCGGUGACGGCGGUGGCGCCUUUUGGAGUGGCACCAGCGCCCCGACCGCGUCCGCCUGCCACCGCCUGCUACUCGGCACGCCCGGCCUGCUGCCGCACACAGCCGCCUUUUCCACCUGCGUGCACGACAGCACCUGCUCCUCCCACUACGCCUUGUUGCCGCCGCUCGCCGCUGCUGCUGCCGUGGAGGCUCCGGUCGAGCACCACCCUCACUCGGCUGAAGGCACGCUGAAACGGAGCGCCGCCGCCGCCGCAAUGGACGGCGCGGCCCCGCCGCCACCGCCGCCCGCCGCGGGGGCCGCCAUGGCGGAGGGGGGCAGCAGCCAGCUACUCGCCACCAGUGUGUGCACGCCGCCGGCCAUGCAGCGGCCCGUGUGGCGCAUGGAGGACUACGCGCUCACGCGGCGGCUGUACCGCGGCCACAUGGCGUCCGUGUACAAGGGCCGCUGCCUGCGCUCGGGGCUGCCUGUGGCUCUCAAGGUGUACUUCAAGGCGCGGGUGGCGCCCAACGUGGCGCACAUGGUGAUGCGCGAGGCGGCGCUGCAGCUGCGAGCCAGCGCCCACCGCUACGUGCUUAAGUUGUACGGCGUGUUCCAGACGGAGGAGCUUGUGGUGUUCGUGUGUGAACUCGCCUCCCGUGGCAGCCUGGCCCAGCUGGUGGGGUCGGGCGCGGCCGGCGGGCGCUGCACCCGCCUCAGCGAGACGCAGCUGCGGCAGGCUGUGCUGGAGCCUCUGCUGGACGCGCUGGGCUACCUGCACUCCAAGGGCGUGUGCCACCGCGACAUCAAGCCCGAAAACAUUCUGUUCACGUCCAACUGGGACUUCCGACUUGCGGACUUCGGUGUGUCCAUUGACCUGCUCAAGGAGCGAGCCGUUACGCGCGCCGGCACCGCCGACUACAUGGCGCCCGAGGUGGAGCGCUGCCCGCUCAAGGCCAACCCGGAAGACAACAAGCACGAUGCCUCCCUGGCGUACAGCACUGCCGCCGACGUGUGGAGCAUCGGCAUCCUGGCCUACGAGCUGAUGGUGGGCUUCCCGCCUGCUAUAGAGUUCGAAGCACCCGCCAACAACCCCAACGCCAGCAACAGCGUCAGCGCCAACAGCCACACCAAAUUCAGCUUCCCCGCAUCGGUGUCGGCGGGAGCGCGUGACUUCAUCACUCAGGCGCUGGCGCUGCGACCUGAGGAUCGGCCCACAGCUCAGCAGCUGCGCAUGCAUCCCUGGCUGAGGGCAGCAGGCGCGAGGUCGGUGGUGGCCACAGCCGCCGCACCCAGCGUGGCCACGGCCGGGGCCCCUGCUGGUCCUGCUGGUGACAUCGGUGCGGCUUAAAAACGUCCAUGUACUAAUGAUCAGGUCAAUAGCCUGGAAGCUAACUUCUCGUGGAGGAUUAUUUUUAGCCGGAGGCUUUCAUACAAUAGGCUUUCUAUGCGUGUCCUUGGACGUUGCGUGUCAGGCGAUGUGUCUGGAUGCACAGCACGCACCUCACUGCCCACGCAUUUGACGCAUGGAACUUGGUGGCGCGACUUGUGUGCAUGCGCUUUCGGGUCCCUGCGGUGUUCAUUGUCCAUUUGAGUCUUCUUGGCUCGCGCGCAAUUGCGGCAUGCCUCGGGGUUGUUUGCUAUCACUUGAUUUCAAUGCGAAGUACGUACCCAAGUCAAGGAACCCCCACAGCCUGAAUGCUAACCCUAGACCCUGGAGCGGCUGUUGACAACUGUGCUGCGUCUGGCUGCGGUUGGCUCUGCUGUGGCAUCGCGAUUGCUAGGCACCUGGUUUGGCUAUGUGCCUGUUGAAACCGACCCCAACUAUGUCCGGGCGAUGAGGUUGUUCGGCCUCAGACUGUGGAGGGGCUCGGCCCCUUUUCCCAUGACCGGGGAACACUUGUCCCUUGAGAGGUCUUCUGAGUCGGGAUGUGCAAGGGGGGUGCACCCCCCGUGUGUUCGCAUGCGUUCAUGUGUAUGUGUUCGGGAGCGCAAGGCCCCAGCCCCAGCAGCCCGUGUUGGCGGCAGGCUUGGGAGCGGUCAGCAGGUAGACACAGGUUGUACGAUAAAAGCGGCAAUCCGCACCCGUGGGGUUGCAAUGCAGGCGCUCGUGGGCGUGGCGCACGGGUGGAUUAAUCCACCUGAUGAAUGACAAGGGUCGCCAAGGAGGGGGCUUAUAUACUCGACUAUGUAUUUGGUAGCGGGUUUAGUGUACCGUACAUAAGUAUGCGCACCGCGAGCGGAGGUUCGGGCAUUCGUGGUUGUGAGUACCAGGCGAGAGGGCACCUGGCCAUACGUGCGCCGAAGUAUGCGCACGUCAUUACCGCCGGCGGAGUCGCGGCGCAGUCCAAGAGUAGAUGCCGCGGCUUUGUGUAUCAUAGCAUUUCAGGCGGGUACUUACGAUAAGUAGCACGUAUGCAUGCAUUCUUUGUGGAGCUCCUGACUGGGAGUUGCCGAUGUUACUGCUGGUGGAAUAUGGUAGUGGAGGCCAGAGUUCAGACCUUAGUACGGGCGCUUGAUGCGUGGAGAACCCCUGGCGAGGAUUCGGGGAAGUAUACGUUGAGGUAUAGCACGCUGCAUGCCAACGAUUUGCAGCAGCUCCGCGCGGCUGUGCCCCUGGGAGACGCGUUGGGCACCUGACAGAAGAGCUGCGGCUAGAGCAGCCUGCUGGUGCAGCGUUUCGUGUUUGCAAGCAUUGCGCGUAUUGCGCAUCGCUGCGUUGGGUGUUGCGAAGUAUGCAGCCAAGUACCACCCCUGCCAAGUACGCAUUUUGCUCUGCAUUAGUUUGAGAAGAACUGUUUGUGAUGAAUGCCCUUUCUCUGCAGUCGUGCUGAGGCUGGCCUAGGAACAGGAGGGUCGCGUUUUUGCGUUGUCGGGCUAGGUAGGUAACAAAAGACGCGCUACGAUGCGCUCGCAUUUCUACGUGAACCGGGCUGCUCUCAUCUCUCAUGCGUGGAUUGUUUGCGGGUGUGACAUGGUGAAAUAAGGUCGGUGUCACGUGACGUGAUGUAGGCAGGGCUGCCGGCGUGUCGGGCUGCUGAUUGUACAGUGCGCCAAGCAAUGGUGCCGUGCAGACACACGCGACCUACAGGAGUCCGCAUCCAUGCAAAGGACUAGUUCGG